AUGUCUGAUUUCCCACCACAGCACAUCCUCAUCGUCGGGGCCGGCGUCUUCGGCCUCUCCACUGCCCUCUCGUUGCUCCACAAUCCAACAUACAAUGGCACGCGCAUAACUAUCAUCGACAGCUCGCCCACGUUGCCCAACCCGUCUGGCUCCUCGGUCGACGCGAACCGCAUCGUGCGCGCAGACUACGCACACAAGCCGUACGCCCAACUUGCUCUGCAGGCCCAGGAGCUUUGGCGUGACCGGAGCGAAAACGCAUGGGGCGGGGAGGGUCGGUAUCAUGAGCCGGGCUUCGUGUUGACCGCGGUGGCCGAUCAAGAUGCGUACCUGGCAGGAGCGCUGGCCAACGUGCGCAGUCUCGCGCAGGAGGACAAGCGUGGGAGGAUCGACCUGCGCAAGAUCCAGGAAUUGCAUGGACGCGAUGAGAUCCGUAGGGCGACAGGUUACGAGGGUGUGAGCGGCGAUCACGGCUACGCCAACUUCAACUCCGGCUGGGCUAAUGCGGAAGCCUGCGUCGCGCACGCGCUGAGGAGGAUCAGGACCGAAGGAGGAGACCGUGUGAAUAUUCGUCCCCACACACGGGUUCAGAGUCUCCUUGUAUCGGCGGCGGCGGCGAUGGAGUGCAUGGGGGUGAAGUUAGCCACAGGAGAACAAAUCCACGCAGAUCUGACCGUGCUGGCAGCCGGGGCAUGGACACCCUCGCUCGUUGAUCUGCAGGGCCGAUGUCUGGCCACCGGCCAAACCAUGGCCUUUCUCGACAUCACGCAGGAAGAGCAGGACGCGAUGGGCAACAGACCGACCAUCAUCAACCAGAGCAGUGGCAUGUUCAUCAUCCCGCCGCGGGACAAGCUGUUGAAAGUGGCAAGGCAUGGCUACGGGUAUCGAAAUCCGGUGAAGAUCCCGAUGCAGACGCUGCGGCCUGGCGCAGCCACUUCCGGCGACCUCGAAGUCAGUGUGCCGGACGUGGGCGUGCCCAUCCCUCUCGAGGCCGAGGAGGCCUUGCGAGGGGCACUCCGCGAACUUGUCCCUCACAUGGCAGAUCGACCGUUCGUGCGGACGAGGAUCUGCUGGUACUGUGAUACACCGACGGGCGACUUCCUCAUAACGUACCAUCCGGCGUACAAACACCUUUUCCUCGCCACCGGCGGCAGCGGGCACGGCUUCAAAUUCUUCCCCGUCAUCGGCGACAAGAUCGUCGCCGCCAUCGAAGGAAAAGUCGAGCCCGAGUUGGCAGAGAUUUGGAGGUGGAGGAGUGAAGACGAGUUGAAGGAAGUGAUGAGAAGUCAAGGCGGUGGAGAAGAGUUUAUUGCCUGCGCGGACGGGAGUCGAGGCGGACCGAAGGGAAUGCUCCUGGCUGAGGAGAUGAAGAGGAAGAGAGGUCCUACUGAGCGCAAGCCAGCGGUAGCAAAGCUGUGA